AUGGCUUCGACCAGGUCCCUCGGGCUGCAUCACCCGUCAGGGCUGCGCCAUGCCAUUGCGGAACAGUUGCUUCCCCCCAAUCCUUCUCCUUCACAGUACAAGUGGGAAAUCAUUCCAGAUGAAGACGACCAUGGCUCAGUGGAAGACGAGCUUCUGACAACUCAAGACAGUGUGAUAUGGUGUCGCGGGGGCAUUGUCCAAAAAACAUUCAGAUUCUCACUAGAAAAGGAGCCCAUUACCCAGGCGCUGAUGGCCCGCUUUCCAUCUUCACACGAUUCAUGGAAACCUGAUCGGACCGACCAGGCUAGCUCUAGCUCUGGCCGGAAGCCCUCGCGCAACACGCCAAGACUAGAGAAAGCCUUGAUUGUUUUCCUCAAGACUCAAGCCCAUGUCUUCUUCCUCUCGGGUACAAGCCAUACCAUCCACAUGCCUUUUGAGGUGGAAUCUGCUUGUGCAGGACCAGUUGGAGUUGUUAUUCAGAGGAAGCAGAAAGCUGAGAACGUGGCACCGAUAACCCUCAGAUUUCCUCGAGUGCCGCCCAACUCCUUCGUCUCGUCACAACUUACCGCCCUUGACAGCUCACAGCAAACUGCAUUUUCCGUAGAGAGUCUAGGAAAGCCCAAGUCUCUUCCUUUAGGACUAGGCUCGACCCUGGAAAACAUGUGGGAUGCUCCAAUACAGACCCAGCAGUCACACUGGCCUCGUCUGGUUUCGCUUACAGACCCUUUGUCCGACAUUGGCCUCGUCGUUUGCGAGCAGGCACACAGUUCUCAACGCGAAUUACGAAGGGCCAAGCACAGGAGGCUGUCCUUCCUCAAACCUGCAGAAGAAAUUCUUCACAUUGAACAAAUUUUCUUGCCUGGGACGGAUUGUGAAAGCCUCAAGAAUCCCCUCAUCCUAGGAAUCACUGUAAAUCGGGAAGACGGGUCAUACACAGUUUGGAGCUUGACUUAUCUUGAUCAUGAGGACCCUUUUACCGGACACCAGAAGAAGGCCAAGAACAAGGCCAGCAGGCGUCGAAGCUCGAUGCCUCCCCCGGGCUUCACGAGCGGAUCCUCGACCCCUGUACAGCAGAGCUACCGGGAGAGUUUUGGAGCACCUAUGCCUGGGAAGCGGCAGCGCAAAAGCGACAAGGUCGAGAAGCCCUUGGAUUUGGUGUCGUCGCUUGAGCAGCAAGAUGGCGAAGGCGCUGGUUUUACACGCAGAAGCUCUCGUCGACUUAGCUCCAUGUUGGCCCGAGCCGACUUAUCAACCUCCCACGAUCGAUCUGUGUUUGCUGACCAACCUCCUAUUUCUUCUUCGGCAGCAGCUAAACGUAACGACUCUCACGGAAGCCGUCACGGCCGUUCCAGCUCCAGCUUCCACCAGCAGAUUCAUCCCAGCCUUGGCAGCUUACUUGAGGCCCCGCUUGAUGUUGGAUUGGACGAGGGCCUGCACAAUAUGGCACUUGAUGACCACGACUUUGAUGGGCUGCAGCAUGAAAUCCGGUUCACGAGAAUUCAGACAAUUGCGUUGGACAGCUCCAACGUUCGGUAUUCAACUUCUGCUAUGCCUUCUCGGAGUCAAACCAAAGUGUUCAUUCUCACAGCCCCGCCUUUCACGUUGGAUGAGCAUCAGCGAACACAGCUGCUCAUUGGAAUACAGGAGCCAUUGGAGAAACGACUUCAGAUGAUAACCCUAUUCGUGAAAGCACAUGAGAAGCCCGACCUCUUGACGACAGCCACUGCCAAGGCAAGGGCGGCUUGCCCAUAUGUUUCUAUCUCUCCGGGCCAGCAAUGGAAAGUUCAAAGCGUCGUGGAUUCUUCCAAGCUCGUUGACGGAAACCUGUCUGCUAUCCUAGUCCUCUCCGACUCCAAGGAUGGACGACAUGAACUAAGCGUUCAGGCUCCUUGGCUCGAGCUUACCAAAAUCUCUCUUUCUUCAUUCCAUGUUGAAGAUACGAGAAGCGUUCAAUAUCGUGGUAGAGUUGCUGAUCCAGAUGUUAAACAAAGAAAGUCAGAGAUCAUGGACCUCGAAGGCGGUGGAGUAGUUGAAAUUCGGCAUCCACGCAAGCGUGGGCUUGUCGAUGUCGUUGAUGGACACGGUCGACUCCACAUGUUGAGAAUCCAACUACAGCCAGCUUGUCCUCAGGUCUCCAAGGUCUUGGAAAUUUGUAAAAGCGUCCUCCCUGAUGCUUUUAGCUGUCGUAUCCAUGCGGGAUGGUUGCAUGUUAUGCAAUGGCUUCAAAGCCGCAACGAAAACUUGGCUGUUAUUGAAUGGUCCGCGAUAGUCGUCCUGCUUCUAGGUUCCUUCCUUAAUCUUGGCCGCGAGGGCAGCACUCUGCUAAAGUCAGCACAACUUCCGGUCCGCAGAAGACGGGCGGCAUCCGGUUCGCUUGGCAGUAUACGGGAAUCAGAGGAUUGGAAGGCUCUAGAAUUAGGGGAAACUGCAAACUCGCUGGGUUGUCCGGUAUGGAUGAUGAACAAGGGUUGGCAGUGGGCUCUUGAUGAAGACGUUGAUGACGCUACGUCUUCUCAAAGCGAAACUUGGAUGAGCGCCAAGUUUCUCUCCAGGCAUAUUUCUUUGGCAAAAGAUUACAUCGACUCUCCUCAGGGAGUCGCGACCAUGGGUCCAAACGGAUACAUGCCCACUUCCCUUGGCCGGUCAUCUGAAACGCGAUGCAAAGUGGCCGUAGACAUAUUCAUGGCUCUGCAUCUCCUGCUAGAGGAAGCGAAACUAGAUAUCACCACGCCCGAGUACGUCUGUCCAGGCAGAACCGAUCUCCGGGUGCUGCUAUGCCAGAUCGCCAGGUGGCUUCAAUGGCCCAACUUUUCAGGCAUUUACGAAUUAGGCAUUCAAGAAGAAAUUGACCCGCGCCAUGAUAUCGAGCUCAAUUUGAAACCGCCCAUUCCGCAACCGCCGGUGCGACCGGACGUUCUAGAGUGGAUCCAAAGCCGCUUCUCUGGCAUCCGUGGAAAGCCUUACCUGACGCCUGCGGACAUAUACUACGCCAGCUCCCGUGUUUCCGAGGCCGACAAGCUCGAGGAUAAGAAAUGGAGUUCUAUCACGGCCCGAACUCUCAUGUUCAAACGGUUUUUCAAAGUUGUCAAGCCUAAAUCAACAGCAGUUGAGAUGGUAGAAGCGAUGCAAGCGUGCGGUUUUACGAAUCUAAUUCUCCAAACGCUUCCAGAAGCCGUUCUAGUGCCACUACAAGACGCGAUUUCACUGUGCCAACCACAUCCGCCCCCGGAUUGGUCCAACGAGUUAUUGGACUUGGUGAAGCGCAGCGAUAUCAGCCUGAUCAUGAAACCUGGAAGGCGGCCGCGUCACGCUCUAGCAAAUAUUCUGGCGCCUACUCACGUGGCUACGUGGGAUUUCAGGCUGCUUUGCCAGAGUGUGGACGAGGCUAAUAAUCUCGGAAAUGAUGAUGGCGAGGCUACAGAACGUCAGGCUGUCAUCCGAUCUUUGUUCAAAGACGACCGUCGCUUGAACGAAGCCCAAGACUUGCUCUCAACCCACAAAGCUAGGGUAGUGCGACUGGUUCCGGACCCAAGUUGGCCAGAAAGUGAGUACCUGGAGAAACAAAAGGAGCUGGUGUCAAAGAUUGCAACAGGCACGCUGGCAAUUCCAGCUGGACGGGCGUUGCUGUACUACAGCUUGCGCUACCCGCUUAUGACGCAAAAGUUCCACGUCGGAGGGUUCAACUUGAACUGCAUUGUGAAGCCGGCAAAUGUGACUGUCGGAGUCGACAAGUCGUUGUUUACCGAGGAGAAGGUCUGCUGGGGCUUUUUCCACCAAGGUGUCGCGGCUGGACUGGCUAUAUCACCGCAAGCCAAGGGAAUCGACACGUCUUGGAUCUUGUACAACAAACCCGCACAAGACCUGAGCAAUCGACACGCCGGCUUCUUGCUGGCAUUGGGUCUGAACGGCCACUUGAAAGGCGUAGCCAAAUGGGUGGCGUUCAAAUAUCUCACUCCCAAGCACACCAUGACCUCGAUCGGGUUACUUUUGGGCUUGGCGGCGUCUUAUAUCGGCACAAUGGAUUCUCUUAUUACACGGCUGCUCUCUGUUCACGCCACGCGUAUGCUGCCUCGCGGUGCUGCAGAGCUGAACCUGUCGCCACUGACACAAACUUCUGGGAUUCUGGGCAUUGGCCUUCUCUAUUGCAAUAGCCAGCACCGACGAAUGAGCGAAAUCAUGCUCUCCGAGAUUGAGCACAUUGAUGAAGAGGACGAGGAAGAACCUCUGCGAAGCGAGUGUUAUCGUCUUGCUGCUGGUUUUGCGCUGGGAUUCAUAAACCUGGGUAAAGGGGGUGAUCUCAAAGGGUUGCACGACAUGAAGCUGACGGAGAAGCUCAUUGCUCAUGCCACGGCAACAAAGAGUGUCGAAAUUGUCCACAUACUCGACAGAGCCUCCGCUGGUGCAGUCAUGGCCAUCGCCCUAAUCUUCAUGAAGUCUGAAGACCAGGUGGUGGCCCGGAAGAUUGAUGUGCCCGAUUCCGUCCUUCAAUUUGACUACGUGCGACCAGAUAUACUUCUCCUCCGCACCGUGGCCAAGAAUCUGAUUCUCUGGUCCAAGAUUCAACCUACAUUUGGCUGGAUCCGCGACAAUCUCCCGAGCCCGUAUCGACAUCGACAUAGGCUGCAAGGCACUAGCCAGCUGCGCUCCGUAGAUCUUGCCUUCUUUAGCAUAUUGGCCGGGAUCUGCUUCUCGAUUGCCCUUCGAUAUUCGGGAAGCGCUUCCAUCAAGGUUCGCGAUUUGUUGGUGCACUAUCUUGAUCAGUUUAUGCGCAUUUCCAAGAUUGAAUCGACGACGCGGGCUCAGCCGGAUGCAGCACCACUUUAUGACGAAGAGCUUACGCGUUCAAACGCCCGAACGUGCCAAGAUAUCCUCGCUCUGUCUUGUUCGAUAGUCAUGGCUGGCACAGGAGACGUAGUGGUUCUGCGGCGUCUCCGCUCCCUUCACGGCCGCGACACACCAGAUGUUCCUUUCGGGUCUCAUCUAGCGGCACACUUGGCUAUUGGUUCCCUGUUUCUAGGAUGCGGCACGGUGACUUUUGGCACCAGCGACAUGGCGAUUGCCGCUUUGCUGGUCGCCUUCUACCCCAUUUUCCCGACCAGCGUGAUGGACAACCGAUCGCACCUGCAGGCCUUUCGCCAUUUCUGGGUCUUGGCUACAGAGCAGCGAUGUUUGAUCGCCAAAGAGGUGCUCACCGGUCAGCCGGUCUCCGUGCCCGUCCAGAUCAAGAUGAAGCAGGGUUCUUGUUCGUCUGAGCUCACUCUCUGCCGCACUACUCCAUGCCUUUUGCCGCCUCUUGACCAGAUCUCCAGCCUGUCGACUUCAUGCGGCCCGCAGUUUUGGGACGUGACGCUGGAUUUUUCCAACAAGGAACGGCGAUGCGCUUUUGCCCGCACGCAAAGCAUAUACCUGCGUCGGCGCCCGCCGCUCGAGGGAUCCUUUGCCUCGACCCUGCGAACCUUGGGCAGCGACAGCAAGGGGACCAACCCCCUGGAAUGGAUUUUUUCGCUGGAGCAGCUGCAAGGCGUCAGCCAUGUGGAAAAGGCGGCAUUGCUAGAUGGAAACGAAGACGGGCAGGAAGUCGGACUUGCCGUGGACGCCAGAAUGGAGAUGCAAAGGGGGAUUGCAGACGGCGGCGAUCGGGAGCGUUUCGAGGGAGCGAGACUUCUCUUUGAAUGGGCAUCUGCCCGGGAGAGACUGCUCAAGGACAAUACGAGUCCCGGCAUGCAUGACAGCCAGGCGACCAUAAAGGCAGACGUCUCUGACGCUGACGAGACGGCCGACGAGACGGCCGACGACAAUGCUGUAUCGCAUGACCCUGGAGACAAUGUAUGGUGGAUGCGGGACACUGCCAUCGAAGCGCUCAAGGGGCAAGUUUGGCUGGCCGCCAGAGAAGGGGAGUAG